GAGAUCUUCGUCGGCUUGCAUGCACGGACUUUGCCGGCAGAGUACUUCCGCUACACAUACUCGACGUCCGUAUCCUACACUACAAACCUGCAACCUACCAGUCCAAAGCGACCCAUCCUUUUGCAAACAUGCUCAUGAACAUGAAGUCGCGUGUCGUCGCUGCGCAGCAAAGCGCCUCCUCACGGCCUGCCCGCGGCACCGCUGUCAUUUCUCGGAGUCAGCAACACUCUAGCGCUGCCCUGGGAGCCUUGGCCGCGGCUGUGGUGCUCGCCAUUGGCGCUCCCGCGGCACUUGCCGAUGCCACGGAGCCGUCCACUUCCGCCGCCCCCUCCACUGUCACCAGCAUCUCCUUUGCGCGUGUCGACGCGCGUGUGACGGAGAAGCUGCGCGAGCGGGACAGCAACAUGGAGUGGAAGUGCAAGGGCAUCUCUAUGUACGACUGCUCCGGGGAGCUGCAAGAGGCGCAGGAGCAGCGGUUCGAGGAGAUGGGCAAGAUGUUCCGCAGCCUCACGGGCGGCCCUGACACGCCCGGCAACGCCGAGAGCCAGUAAGGCGCUGGCACUGCCACCCAGGCAACACCGCUGGCGGGCGAUGGCCGUGCAUAUCUGGAUGCAGAUGCUCAAGCGCACGAGGCGGCUGAGUAAGGCGCUGCGAAGGACAUCUGCACAUGCCCUGCACAAGGGGCCCCUACCGUAUGCUUUGCUCGCAUGUACAACAAGCAUCAAGAGAAGAUUAUAUUAAGUUUCGAGAAUUGUCUUGCAUUGGAGUUCGUGGGCACAGGCCAGUGACCGAUGUGUCCGGAGGUUGGCGCCCGACAUGUUGUAUGAAUUAAUGCAGUCAGAGCCGUGGUACGGCCAAGGCGUGUAGCGUGGCGGGCGUGCACGCACCUGGUGCCGACUGCUACAACAGAGAAGCGAGGCCUGGGAAGAGUGGAGUAUCACACGUGCUUACAGGUGCAUAUGUCAGCUGGCCAAGCACGAUGCGGAUGUUAAACUCUCCAUGUUUCAAGGUGGCCUUGCGAGUGCCUCCUGAAAGUAGCAUGCGCUGACGACGAGUCGACGCCGCUAGCGCGCAUCACCCUCUGCUCUUG